UCCCACGGGAGUCAACUGUUGAACUUCUAAAACCUUUUAAUUUUGUAUGUUAUCUCUCUGUUUAGAGUAACCCGAGCUUUAAACUUCAAACUGGUGUCAAAUGCGGCCCCUUUUUAUCACUAUUUGCGUGCAGCCGUGACGCGAUAUUUCGGUCACAAAAGUUUGUUAGGUUAUUCUCGGUCAUUGACCCAACGACGGUCAGAGGUCAACUCUUCAAAAAUAACAACAUCAAGACAACUCUUGACAAAAACUCAUCUCACGUGACCCUGUGUUACACAUGAUUAACAAGUGACAGGCCUACGGUGUACAUAGCAAACAAAAUGGCUACUUACUGGAAGUCCCAGCCGAAGCAUCAUUGUGAUUUCUGCAAGUGUUGGAUAGCAGACAACAAACCUAGCAUUGAUUUCCAUGAACGAGGCAAGAGACACAAAGAAAAUGUGGAGAAGAAACUUAAAGAUCUGCGACAGAAAGGACAUGAGCAGUUCAAAAUCCAGCAGACACUGGACCAGGACUUGAUCAAGAUGGAACAAGAUGCUCUCAAGAAAUUCAAGAAAGACUUGGAAAAUGAUCCAGCCCUUGCUGCAGAAUACAGAGCUAAAGCUGUUGCUGCUGCGGCUACUGAAGCUGCCGCAGCUAAACAGAAGGAAGGGCUAUUACAGGCAGCAAGGAAACUUCACAAACAAGGAUUAGCCAAGAAGCAGCUUGGACAGCCAAACACCAGCAACACCCAAAAGGUCACUCCAAGUACAGCCCAAGCAACAAGCCAAGCAGUUAAAUCUGAAUCAGACGCUACCAGCUCAUCAGUAGAGACAGCGGCACAGUGUGUGUGGCUUGAGGGAACAAGUCCCGAGGGUGACACGUAUUACUGGAAUAGUGCGACUGGUGAGUCGCAGUGGGAGAAGCCAGAGGACUAUGUAGCAACAGAUGAGUCGACUGCCUUCAAGAACCAAGCUGUAGAAGAGGCAGUCAAUGAAACAACUGAGCAGGGAGAUUCAAAUGACAAGCUGGACAGCAGUGAAUCAGAUGAAGAGAAGCAGAUGGUGGUUGCUGAUUCGAAGCCGGCCAAGGCACCCCGGGAACUCCUGCCCCCUAGAACUGAAGCUGAAAAAUCUGAAGAAAGUGACAGUGAUGAAGAGAGUGAAGAGGAACCAGAGAAAACUGAGACUGACAAGAAACCAGCCAAAAAGAAAAUGAACAACCCCUACGGCAGCUGGGCUACCAUUAUCCCUGAUAACACACCUCCAGUAGACCUUCAGCUUCCCACACCAGACCGACCGCACUUCAAACCAGUGGUACCCCAAGCUGCACAAUUUCAACCUAGGGAAAGAAUGAAAUUUAAAGAGCGUACUGUUACAACAUUAUCUACACCAUCAUCAUCAUCAUCAUCAUCAAGUGGACAGGCCUCAUUUAAGAAAAGGAAGUUUGGAGGGGGUGGACGUUCCAUUAGACAGAGAGACUCGGACACAUGAAAGUCACUCGGUUUAAAAUUUGCAUAAAAAAACUUACCCAUUUUUUUAUUUAAACUUGAAAAGAUGGAACAUAAGUUCAUUCAAUUUCCUCAAAUGGCUUCAUGUUUUGUCAAUUUGUUUGAAAAGAAAGCCCUGUUGAGAGCGCCUUGAUUUUUAUCCUACAGGGUUAUUCCUGCUUGCUUUAACUUUACAUUUAAAGUCACAUUUAAAGUAGGCACUUGAUAAUACGAUUUAUACAAAAUGGUCAACAACUUGUAGUUUACUGUCCCUUUAAAUAGCACACACGGCCCACUUUCACAAAAAGCUAUGAUUGAUCUUGACUGCGAAUCAAUCUUAUUUGCUAAGCUUUGCUAUGCAAAGUGUGAUGUCACAAUACAAAUCACUUAUUACUGUGAAAUUGAAUCUAUAAACUGGGUUUGAGAGUUUGGAGGCUUGC